AUGAGUGUCAAGAUCCAGUCACAGACCAAUCCCGGCCUCACGAUCUCGAAAGACCGUUGCGAGCCUGGCUCAAUCAAUAUCCCACUGUGCAAAUGGCCCAAAACAGCCGACACCAAGGCUGUAGAUGCUAAUGAUAUUGCCACUAAGAUCGUGGAUUCCUUCAACUCGGCUCUAAAAAAUGAGGACACCAAAGCAAUCGCUCAACUUUUCCUGACCGAUGGCUAUUGGCGAGAUCAUCUCGGUGUUUCUUGGGAGCUCCAUACCUCGAAAGGGAGUGACAAAAUCCUGGCCUUCCUUGCCGAUGGCUGUCCUUUGACUGGGAUCACGAUCGACAACAGUACACCCUACCGAUCUCCGCAUUUCGCACCAUUCGAUGGAAAAGGAGACGUGGAAGGAGUGCAAUUCUUCUUCACCUUUACCUCCAAAGUCGGUGAAGGUCAAGGCCUCGCUCGUCUUUCUGAGGAAAAUGGUCAAUGGAAGAUCUUUACCUUCUUCACUACCCUCAAUGACAUCAAAGGCCAUGAACAAGCAAUCUACCAUCGAAGAACGAAGGGCGUCGAGCACGGUGGAAAGCCAGACAGAAAGAAUUGGCAGGAAAGACGCACUGCCGCGAUCAAUUUUGAGGGCAAGGAGCCAACUGUGCUGAUUGUUGGAGCCGGGCAAGCUGGCCUGACAGUCGGAGCUCGACUACAGAUGCUUGGCGUUGACACUCUCAUCGUCGACAGAGAAGAUGCCAUUGGCGACAAUUGGCGACGGAGAUAUCACCAGCUAGUCCUGCAUGAUCCAGUCUGGUACGACCAUAUGCCGUAUCUGAACUUCCCUCCUCACUGGCCCAUCUUCACCCCCAAGGAUAAGUUAGCAGAAUGGUUCGACUCAUAUGCAAAAUUACUUGAACUGAAUGUCUGGGUCAAAACCACGCUCGAGUCGACUUCAUGGGACGAAAGCAAGAAGCAAUGGACUGUCAAAGUCAACCGGACCAAGCCUGAUGGCACCACAGAGUCUCGCACACUCCAUCCAAAGCACGUUAUUCAAGCCACAGGACAUUCAGGAAAGAAGAACUUUCCCUCACACCUUAAGGGACUUUCCGACUUCAAAGGCGAUGUACUCUGCCAUUCGUCCGAGUUCAAAGGAGCCAGAGUGGAUGGCAAGGGCAAAAAGGCUGUGGUCGUAGGAUCUUGCAACUCUGGCCACGACAUUGCGCAAGAUUUCUACGAAAAAGGCUACGACGUCACCUUAGUCCAGCGAUCGACCACCUGCGUUAUAUCCAGUGAAGCCAUUACCGAAAUUGGCUUGAAGGGAGUUUACUCCGAGGACGGACCCCCCGUCGAUGACGCAGACAUUUGGCUGCACAGUCUGCCCAGCGAAGUCCUCAAGGCGUUGCAAGUCAACAUCACGGCUGCACAGGCCGAAUUCGACAAGAAAACCUUGGACGGCCUCACCAAGGCUGGAUUCAAAUUGGACCGUGGACCCGAAGACGCAGGCCUGUUUAUGAAAUACUUCCAGCGCGGCGGAGGCUAUUACAUUGACGUUGGCGGCUCUCAGCUCAUCAUCGACGGUAAGAUCAAGAUCAAGCAGGGUCAGGAAAUCGAAGAGGUGUUAGCUCACGGGCUGCGUUUUGCGGAUGGGAGUGAGCUUGACGCUGACGAGAUCAUCUUUGCGACCGGUUAUUCAAAUAUGCGAACCCAAGCAAGAGAGAUCUUUGGCGAUGAACUUGCAGACCGUGUCGGCGACAUUUGGGGAUUCGAUGCCGAAGGUGAAAUGAGGACGAUCUGGAGAAAAUCGGGACACCCAGGAUUCUGGUUCAUGGGCGGAAAUCUGGCUUUGUGCAGAUACUAUUCCAAAGUUCUCGCUCUUCAGAUCAAAGGUCUAUUGGAGGGAUUGUACAAGUAUUAG